CUUGUCAAGAAUCAAAAUAGCUAAAUUGUCAAAGAGCUCAAAUCUGAAUCGAAAUAUUUGAAAAUUUUCUUUUUUGAGAAUGAGUUUGAACAAUUUAAUAAUUUUAAACUAAAUAACCAUUUUAUAGUUAACAAUGGCAAAAAGAAAAGCAGGCGUAAACGAUAUUAUUUACGAAUUGGACAACGAUGAUAUCGAAUUGAGCAGUGCUGAUGAAGGUAAGGAGACAAAAAUGGGUCGUUUUGAAAAUGAUAUCCGAAGAAAACAGCGUCGAAAUGCACAUAGUAAACAAGAAGAUGAAGCAAAAAAGUGUACCGAAGUCAUAAACUUAGAUUGUUCGCGUGAUGGAUCUUGCGACUCUUUUUCGCUAAACAAUAGCGAUAAUGGAGGGAAAGCUACACUAACUGACAUUAGUAAUAAAAACUAUUGCAAAAGUGAAACUAAUUGUGAUGAUCCACAGACUAACGAUGAAGAUUUACAUAAUAACACAAUGUUCCACGAUCAUAAUAUUGUUGUUGAUUCUCCGUCCAACAGCGAUUUAGGUGUAGUUGGAUGCGAAAAUAGAACACCUCUAGUAACUGUGCGUUUUAAAGACAGAAAGUUGGCACACACAUACAAAAAAAGAAUUAAGGAAUUUUUGAUUAACCUAUUAAAAUCAUGGAGCAUAGACAGUGUAAAUUUAUCAGGAGAUUCAGAUGUUGAACUUGAUAUUUGGCCAGAGGAGUUGUUUGAGGAAGAAUUUGACAAAACUGGAGAAAUCGAUGAAGACUUUAGUAAAGAUGACCUGGUUGAGGAAUUUGACAAUGUUUCUGAGGUUGAUGAUAGUAUGUUCUUUGUUGACACUGCACCUGGCGAUGAAGCUCACACUGAUAUUCCAAAAUACAGCCAAACUUCCAGUUUAAUUACCAACAUUGUUGAAGAAGACACUAGUUCUCCAACCACAUUCCGUAGAGGGCCAAUCUGCUUUAACUGUGAUGGAGAACAUUCACUCAAAGACUGCCAACUUCCGAGAAACCAUUCUAAAAUAGCAGCAAGUCGAAAAAACAUGACUCCGAGAAUAGGUCGAUAUCAUGUUGAAGAUGAACAAAAGUAUGGCCAUCUAGUUCCUGGCCGGAUAUCAGGAAACUUGAGGCAUGCCUUGGGACUCAAAAGAUAUGAACUACCAUUACACAUCUAUCGUAUGAGAAUGUUGGGCUAUCCUCCGGGGUGGCUUGAAGAAGCCAGGAUAUCUCAUUCUGGCAUCACACUGUUUGAUUCCACUGGAAAUGCAACACAGGAUCCAGAAGAUGAGGAUGGUGAAAUUUGUGAACCAGGUUGCAAGGAUAAAUUUGAUAUUAAAAAGAUUCUAGACUUUCCUGGUUACAAUGUUCCUGCUAGUUCACGAUACAUUGAGGAAGCACAUUUAUUCGGUUUCCCACCAAUGUCAGAACAGGAUAGCAAAAUGGAAAUGUUACAAGCUCUAGCACCAAAUGCUAUGAAGGCAUACAAACGCAAGAAACUAACAUUUUUCCCAUCAACCAAUCAAAACUCCUUCUUAGAGGGGCAGGCAGAAAUGGAACUUGACAGUGGUGACGAAAUGGCCGAAUUUCCAUCAAUGCCACCACUGCCCGAUGAAGCACCGCCAACACUGCUGCUACCACCGCCACCGCCGCCUACACCACCACCAGAAGAAAUACCAUCACCAAGAAAGGUUGACAAAUCUGACACGUCUGAUAUACCUGAAAUAAAAUCUGGCGAUAGUAAAACGACCGGUAAAAGUGGCAUCAAUAGAAACUUAGAUGAAGUGAAAGGGACCAAACAUAUGACCAAUGAAAUGACCGAUACGAAACAACAUUUGACAAAUAAAAAGAAAGAUUUCGUUGACAAUGAAGUAGAUUUGGCAUCAUCAAGUGAUGAUGAAUUGCAGGUUAUUGAGGUGGUUCAAGUGACUGAUAUUCCGGUGCCUGAAGAUGUACUCAUCUCUAUAGAUGACGAUGAUGAUGUUGUUGUGGUUGAAAAAUCAAAGGUGACUAGUGGACCUACUAGCCCAAGUCUUGCCGCUUUGGAAGAAAAGAAAAAACGUCUUCUUGACGCACUAACAGGGAAUGACGAUGUGAGUAUGGAAUUAAUUGUACUUGACGAAACUCUCUCUGAUAGUGAACACGAUACUGACAAUGUAAAUAAGGAAAAACUACAAACAAAUGAUCAAACAGAGAUAGAAGAUAAUAUCAGUAAAAUUGAUAAGGAGGAAAGUAACACAAUUAAUAGAAUAAAAGAAUUAGAGGAAAGUUUAACAGUUAUGGUUGAUGGUGAAAAUUUGCCUACAAAUAAAGAUUUGAAACUGCUUGAAGCAGAAACACGUCAAGUUGAAAGUUCUUCGAUAUUAAGUGGAGAAACUAACGAUGCAAUAGUUGAAAAGUCUUUGGAUGAAAAUGAAGUUACAGGUUCUAAGGACGAAAAUUCUUCUACUAUUAAUAAAGAGGUCAUUAGAGCUGAAUCGACUUCAAUGUCAAAUGAAAAUGUUAAAAGUGGUGAAGAUGAAAAACCUUCUACUUUAAACGUCCAAACAAAACCUGAUACGGAUAGGGAUAACAACCAUGAUGAGAAAGAGUUUUCUAAAUCGAUGGAGGUUAAUGCAUCAGAUUCGAAAACAGGUCAUGUAAAAAAUACCUCUUAUGGUACACCAGUUCUUAACAUAGUCUCUCCUUUUGUUAAACUACCGAGCGACGACAAGUUCGCAAAAGAUAUUUGUGAUGUCCUAAAUUUCGAAAAUCUUCCAAACUCGACGGGUAAGUUCAAACAAAUUAGCAGUUUGCUCAAAAGGGUUAAAUCAGCUGUAGACAGGAUACAAGAUUCAUGAUCCGAAAAUUCCACCUUUGAAUAAAGGUGGUAUGUUAUGGUAGGUAGCCACAUACAUAAAUAUAUAAGAAAGGAAGAUUGUUAUCUUCUUUUUGAAAAUUGUUCGAUGGUAGAUGGCGUUAAUACAGCCGCUGUGUGGUUAGGAAUAAAAUAUUAAAAUCGGCGAAUCGACUAAAUUGGUUCAUACAUACAUUGAUGAAAGAUAUACAACCAUUUAUUAUAAAUAGUUGUUAAACGCUUCUAGCAUGAAUUAUUCUAAAUGUUUGUUGCAAAAUUCUGGAACCCAAAACCUGAAAUAUUUUUUUGACUAGAUUUGAGCUAAGUAAACUUGCAAGUCAGACACCCGUUCAUUUAUGGCGUAUUACGUUAACUUACUUUAAUUUACUCUUAAAGUUUGAGUUUUAUAAUUUGUCCGAUAGGUGGCACUAGGUGUCUCACAAUUCAGCUUUUAUAGUAAGGCCAUCUAACAUACAAUUUAGAAUCAAUGACAAUAACAAGGUUAACGCAAAAUAUGUAUGACGUUAGCACAUGUAACUAAUAUACUAAGAACAAUGAUUGUAAAUUGCUCUUAGUAUUAUACUCACCUACUUGUUAUGCAGUUAGCAAUCUUCCUUUAUUUCAUAUUGUCUAUAUCACAACCUAACGUCAAUUAAUGUUGAGCAAAUAAUAGAGUUGCGAAGAUGUUGAUGAGUUUCCAUUUAUAGACGAGAUAACAUGUGGAGGAAUCGACCAAUCAUACUAUUAGGUGAUGGCAUGAUAAUUCUUCAGUAGGUAUCAUGCUGGUUGUUUAUAGACAACACAUUCUAUCUAGGCACUUUUUAUGUGUACAUACAUUUUUUGCUAUGUACUUCAGAUAAUUUAUUUUAUAUUUGUUAUUGAUCGUAUAGUACUGAUGAAAUAACGUUUAUUAACAUAAAAUUAUUUUGUGCAACAAAGUUUUUUUUUUUUUUGCAAGUAAAAGUACGUUGUUCGUAGGUAAAUAAAUACAUAUCAUUUACCAAAAAGUAAUUACGUCUUGAAUAAGCAAUAACUAUACAGGCUUUCCUACUGUUACCAAAGGAAAUUAAAUUAUUGUGCAUUUUUAAUGUUAUCAAUGUUUAUAUAUUAGACAAACACGCAAUUAUAAAAUCAGACUUUGAGUGAGGUGAAGUAUAAAACAAAGAAUGUCAUGAAAUCUAAAAUAUACUUAGUUAGUUGUCGAAACAUUUAGGUAUUAUUUUGCAUCGAGGUAGAAACAUUGAAAAGUUGCAUACUGGGAAUGUCCCUGAUUUAAAUAUAUUAUACUGCAGAAAUGUGUGCCUAGCUAGGCACAUAUUACUGCAGUAACUCCUGAUUACUUUAUGGAAUACUUUUAAAUAUAGAUAUAGCCAAAACAAAUUGUGCGUUUUUGACAUUAUAUUGUCUAUAUUCUACACAAAUGAAGCUGAGCAAUCUUUACGUUUAAUCAAGUUUGUCUCAUGAGUUUCGUUUUAAAAAAAUAUGUUUGCAUAAGAUACAAUAUCUAUAUUCUAUUUUAUUUAUGGGUGAACUUGAUUGGUAAAUUCCUGCACGUGUUUACCUCUCGGUCAAUUUGCACCGUUCGCCUGCCAUAUCACCAAAAAAAUUACUUUAUAAUGUAUGUAUGAGUGUUGUGACGUUCAUCGAUGAUAGGGAGUGCUACAUAUUGUGAUAAUGAAGCUAGGAUAUUGAUCGAUUUUACACGUAUAGUCCAUAAAAUAAGCAAGUGCAUCAAAUGUAGACAAAAUAUACCCGUCAUGACAGUUCUCACAAUGUUUUCACUGUUCCUUUUAACAAAUUACUCAAACAAGUCAUAAUAACCAAAUUAAAAGUAUUAAAGUUUUUGAUAAACUUUAAUAGUUUUAAUUUGGUUAUUACUUACGUACGUUAACGUACUUUUUUUUUUAUCAAAAAAACUGUUAGUAAUCGUAAAAUAGAAAUACAUUUAUUAUUAUGUCCAUUCAAAAAAAUUUCAAAAUUCAUUUAUUUCAAGUAGGCCUAAUUUAAGAGCACUUUUGAAACGUCAAGUCAGUCUGUUUGUAAUGACUACCACCGGUC